AUGUCAGCCUACCCCACGAAGUACGACAAGAACGGUAACCCUACCAAGGUCAAGAUGUACGCAUCAUCGAAGGAGACGGAGGAGCACAAGUCAUCCUACGCCAAGCCUGAACCAUACAAAUACGCCGAUGUCAAGCAAUGGUCUUACGCUCCAGAAGCCAGCCAUGGGAGCUCGAGCAAAAGCUCCUCAAGCAAAGACAAGAAGCACAAAGAAAGCUCCACCAAGGGCUCUUCAAGCAAGCAUAAGAGCAAACACUAA